AUGGAUGAUUACGGUUGGGGAGACGUCGGCUUUCACGGCUCACAACAGGUGCGGACACCAAACAUAGACCUAUUGGCUGGAAGUGGUAUUAUUUUGAACAACUAUUAUGUGUCUCCAAUUUGCUCGCCGUCGAGAAGCGCUAUUCUUACGGGUUAUCAUCCCAUCCAUACGGGGGAACAGCACUCAAUCAUUGGCAAUGACAGUCCGUGGGGAACACCGCUACAAUACCGGCUACUCUCGCAACACGUCAAACAUCUCGGUUACGAGACACAUAUGCUGGGCAAAUGGCAUCAGGGCUUUUUUAAACGGCAAUAUACGCCAACGCAACGCGGAUUUGACACACAUUUUGGUUAUUGGACUGAUUUGGAGGGCUAUUAUAGUCGACAGGACGAGGGUGGGUUUGACUUUAGGCAAAAUGAGAAUAAGGCAAAUAUAACAGAAUAUGAGGGCAUAUAUUCGACCGACAUCUACACAAAGAAAGCCAUCGAUUUAAUUAACCGAAGGGGAAGUGCGGGAAACUCUACAAAACCCCUAUUUCUAUAUCUGGCCCAUCAGUCGGUGCACAGCCCUAAUCAGGCGCCGCAACCAUAUAUUGAUCAAUUCAAUGAUAUCGCAGAUAUUAAUCGACGCACAUUAGUGGCUAUGGUAUCGGUUUUAGACGACUCGGUGGGCAAUAUAUUUGCCGCACUCUUGAAGGCAAACAUAUUGGACAAUACGAUUGUUAUAUUCACGACAGAUAACGGGGCGCCCAUUAAUGACUUUGGAUCUAAUUGGCCUCUAAGAGGCGGAAAGACCACACUAUGGGAGGGCGGCAUUCGUGGCAAUGCUUUCAUAUGGAGUUCACGCCUAAAAAAGAGAUAUAUUAGCGACCAUUUAAUGCAUGCAAUCGAUUGGUUGCCAACAAUAUACACCGCGAUUGGGGGUAAAACACGAGACUUGGGACCCAUUGAUGGCAUCGAUAUGUGGGAUAUUCUUAACCAUAACUUAGAAAACCCACGAAAACAUUUAUUGCAUAAUAUAGACCCAAUUGAUAACAACUGGGCGCUC